CAAUCUUCCCAGGGGACCAGAGAAUUGGCAAGAGAACACAAGACACCAGCUCAUUAACACUUCCAACCGACCCAUCUCUCUAUUCAUCAGGACGACCCUCACUGUCUCCUUGCACCUCAAUCGCUCGAUCAAUCCUCAGCCGGGCCCUGCACCUUGGAGCCUCCUCCCACUCUUUGAGCCUUCCAAUCUGUCAUCUCCCAAGCUGCAUCACGAACCUACCGCGCUCCUCGUCGAUCACUGCCCGCAGAUUCCCGACAUGGCUAGAUGACUGAUUCAGCACAAGAAGGGCGCCAGAUAGCGCAUCAUGGCGUGGCAGUCCGGGGCUGCUGGCAGCGGCGCAGGAGGAAUGCCCGCAGGAGAACAGAAUGGUGUCCAAGCAUACACCUUGCAAGGUGUUAUGCGAUUUCUUCAGACUGAAUGGCACCGACAUGAAAGAGAUAGGAAUUCCUGGGAGAUCGAACGUGAAGAGAUGAAGAAUCGUAUAGCCGCCCUCGAGGGUGAAACUCGAACAAGCAAAGGUCUCCGAACUUCACUCGAACGGCACGUCAAGUUGCUGGAACUGGCAUUGAAAAAGGAACGCGACAAAUCAAAAGGUCUCGACAAUGCUCAACAUAAUGACAAGCGAAAAGAUCCCAAAGAGCUGGCUAAGGAGGAGUUAAAGGCCAUUGGCAAAGACCCUACUUCCAAGGCCAUCAGUCGCCUCGACGAAGAGAUCGACCCUGUAAACCACCUUUCUCAGGGCAUCCGUCAGGAGAAAGAACGCGACAAAUCAAAAACCUACCUCUCAAAAUGUGCUUCGGAAAUCACUUACCACGUCCUCCCUACUGCCCACAUUCCUCCAGACGUCAAUGAUCAGGUACAAAUACAACUUGUCAACCAUACAUAUCCUGGAAAUCCUCCGUCACAGCAGGAGCUCCACGAUGCUUACCUGCAACUUCAACAAAUCAAACAUCAACAGGAACUGCAGCGCCAACAGCAGCCGCAUCAUCCUAACGUUGCCAUGGUUCGCGAGAACGCUGUUCAACAACCACCACAAUAUUCCGAGCCGUCUCCUCUCACACGAAUUGACACUCAAAUCAACCAUAAUGACCUUCAGAAGAACCAGCUCGAUCAACGAACGCCCGAAGCAAUGACUCAAACGGUUCCAUUGGCGGAUCCGCGCAAGAAUUUCUACAAUGAACAAAUUAUAAUCAACGACGAUCAGGUUGAGUCAAUAACACACACCUUUGACGCGUAUGGGAGAGAGGUGCCUGUCAAAGAUCAGGUCGACUCCGUCGCCGUUCAGGAGCCCAAGCAAGAGUCGGCCGAUGCGUGGGAUUUCGAUGAUGCACCUGCCUCCGCCGAGGCAUCCUUAGAUCCGGUAGCUCAACAUCGACCAGAUACGGAGCUGUUCCCUAGCGCCAACCUGAUUCCUUCCAAGUCUCCUCCACGGGCCCCAGGUUCAUAUCGACGCAAGAGUUCGGGUGCGCGACGUCGAAGUGUGGAUGACACACGAGAUUUGGCCGCAGCCAAAGUGGAUAAUACGCAAUUCAAAGUCCGCUUUGCAAUGAGGGGGCAUUUGGAUGUGGUUCGGGCCGUCAUCUUCACAGGAGGUGGAAGUCCUUCGGAGCCUGAGUUCUGUACCGCCAGUGAUGAUGGCGGCGUCAAAAGGUGGCAUAUACCAGCCUCCUAUGCUCAUAAUGUGGCAUUAGGAGACGACUUGGAUCGUAUUGCCCACUUCACUCAUCGCGGUCACAUCGGGGCUGUUUGCUCAUUGGCAGCGUGUCCUGCUUCGCUCAAUUUCUCAAGCGGAGGUCGAGCAGCUGGUGAUGGUUGGAUCUUUUCUGGUGGCGAAGAUGCCACGGUCAAGGUUUGGGAACGUGGUCGAGUUGACGCAAAAGCAACAUUAGAAGGCCUCACCGAUGCUGUUUGGGCAUUAUGUUGCCUUCCCGGAUCUUCAGGCUCCAUAUUGGGAGAUCGAUGUGCACAAUAUGGUGGACCAGAUCGAGUUCUCUUGGUUGCUGGAGGAGCCGACGGUACCAUCUUGAUUUGGGCUGUCAGCACCCCCCCUCAAUUGAGUUCACCACAUGCAGGAAACCGGUCUGUCAGGGGUAGUAGAAGGGCAAAUUCAAUCUCGGCAGGAUCCAAUUUCCCCAGCUCACCACAACCCAGUGUCGCCAGCACCAUUCCUUUCCACUACAGCCUAGUACAUCGAAUCGAACGGAGGGAUAAACCCGCACCUACAUCGAUAUCGCCUCUUGGUCUUCACGGAGAGACGUUCAUUGUUGGUUACACGGAUGCCAGCGUCUUAGUAUUUGACACGAGGACGGGCGAGGAAGUGGUGGGCAUGGCAAGUCAAGAGACAUACGACGGUACACCUAACACGGGUAUCAAUGCAGUCGUUGCUAGCAGCACAGGCUUCGACACUCGAGACUCCCUUGCACCGGGUCGAAGAGGGUCCAUGGGUGAAGAUGAUGUUGUUCACGGGGCUACUGGGUCAGAAGGCGGAGUGGAAGGUGUUGUGAUUGCUGGCUACGAGGACCGGUUUAUUCGAUUCUUUGAUGCUAAUAGUGGGCAAUGCACAUAUGACAUGCUCGCUCAUCCCGCGGCUAUCUCGUCGCUGUCAUUGAGUCCAGAUGGCAAAGAGUUAGUGUCGGGCGGACAUGACGCCAGUUUACGGUUUUGGUCGCUGGAAAAGCGAAGUUGUACACAAGAGAUCUCCAGUCACCGGAUCAUGAGAGGUGAAGGAGUAUGCAGUGUGAUAUGGAGUCCUGAUGGUCGAUGGGUGAUUAGCUGUGGAGGCGACGGUGCCGUCAAGGUGUUCUCCCGCAGUUAAAUCCAACCAGCAAAGUCCAAUAGCAUGCAUGAACUCGUGGCUGAUAUGAGCCAUGAUAGAUGACGCAUGCUUAACUGGGGCCUGUAUCCCAAGGAUAUCCACCAUUCACCACCUGAACACGAUCAGGUCAUCAAGUCACCUCAACACAUGACUUCUGUGAGAAUCAUAGCCCAGGCGUUGGCUUGUCAAUCGUUGUUUUCGUGCAUGGACCUGAGUCAGACUAGGCCAUGAGUCAGAUGCAGCUGCAGAUACAAAUGUCUCCCCAGUAGAUGCUGUCCAGUAUAGGUAAUGGCACGAUGUUGAUGCAUAUAACAUGGCACUGGCAGGCAAAAUCGACCCCUAUCGAGUCGAUCAUCAUCC